CCUAAGCUACUGCACACUAAACAGAGUGAGAGAGCUUUUUCCUGCAGUCUUCUUGAAGCCCCCCUGGUUUUUUUACUCAUUGUUGGUGGGUGUAUUUUAAUUUUUUCAUUCCCUGGACUAUGGGUUAUGAUAUCAAUAUUCACUGAAGACAAAAAGCCACCUUUUCUGCAUCUCGGUGGCAUGCAUGUGUCUCAUCAUCCUUUCAAACUUGUGGUGGAACAGGGUUUUCUUCCCUGUCUGUGUAUUUUGAGCCAGCACAGUUACCAAAAUUGAACUUGUCUUUCGCUUGUGAGCGGUUGUGGUCAUUGUGAGACAGAGCCCUGCGUGGGUGAGAAGCAGACUGCGGAACAGGAUUUGGCUUGAUGGCCACCAGCUCUUCCACAAAAAGGGCGGGUCAUGCGGAGGCUGUAGCCAAGGACGAGGUGUGUGCGGCUGUUGCCUGGACCUUUGUCCAAUCCACGUCGACAUUUGAGGAAUCACAGCGUGUGAAAAUGAACUCAGAGGAGAAUUGGUGAAUUCCUAUCCAGUGGGCAUCUUCGAACUCUGGUGGACGGCAGAAGAAUAUCAGGUCCCGGGAUCACCCACCCAGCGCGGCGACAGUGCAGAGUGGCCACAUCUGGUGGAAGAUGAAAAAAAUGUAGUUAUUGAAUUCAAUCAAGUGUUUGCAUCUUUCAAACUAUCAACAAAAUUCCAUCAAGAAAGGUUCCAGUUGGUCUCACAGACAUAUGGAUAUCCGAGGAGCCACCUAAAGAUGGAGAAAUCAAGGCACAGAGAGAUUAAGUGACUUUGCCACAGUCACAAGCUGGAGAGGACCAGGAGUAGAGCUUAGAGUGAGCCCCUGACUCUGGGCCUGCGUCCUGCCAGGAGUCACGCUGCCUCCGUUCCUAGGAGAGAAGACUUCCUGUAAGAUGGAGGUGGACACCGAGGAGAAGCGGCAUCGCACGCGGUCCAAAGGGGUUCGAGUUCCCGUGGAACCAGCCAUACAAGAGCUGUUCAGCUGUCCCACCCCUGGCUGUGACGGCAGUGGUCAUGUCAGUGGCAAAUAUGCAAGACACAGAAGUGUAUAUGGGUGUCCCUUGGCGAAAAAAAGAAAAACACAAGAUAAACAGCCCCAGGAACCUGCUCCUAAACGAAAGCCAUUUGCCGUGAAAGCAGACAGCUCCUCAGUGGACGAGUGUGAUGACAGUGAUGGGACUGAGGACAUGGACGAGAAGGAGGAGGAUGAGGGGGAGGAGUACUCCGAGGACAAUGAGGAGCCAGGGGAUGAGGACGAGGAGGAUGAGGAGGGGGACCGGGAGGAGGAGGAGGAGAUCGAGGAGGAGGAUGAGGACGAUGACGAGGAUGGAGAAGAUGUGGAGGAUGAAGAAGAGGAAGAGGAGGAGGAGGAGGAGGAGGAAGAGGAGGAAGAAGAAAACGAAGACCAUCAAAUGAAUUGUCACAAUACUCGAAUAAUGCAAGACACAGAAAAGGAUGAUAACAAUAAUGACGAAUAUGACAAUUACGAUGAACUGGUGGCCAAGUCGUUGUUAAACCUCGGCAAAAUCGCCGAGGACGCAGCCUACCGGGCCAGGACUGAAUCCGAAAUGAACAGCAAUACCUCCAACAGUCUGGAAGACGAUAGUGACAAAAACGAAAACCUGGGUCGGAAAAGUGAGUUGAGUUUAGACUUAGACAGUGACGUUGUUAGAGAAACAGUGGACUCCCUUAAAUUAUUAGCCCAAGGACACGGUGUUGUGCUCUCAGAUAACAUGAAUGACAGAAGUUAUGCAGACAGCAUGUCGCAGCAAGAUAGCAGAAAUAUGAAUUACGUCAUGUUGGGGAAGCCCAUGAACAAUGGACUCAUGGAAAAGAUGGUGGAGGAGAGCGAUGAGGAGGUGUGUCUGAGCAGCCUGGAGUGUCUGAGGAAUCAGUGCUUCGACCUGGCCAGGAAGCUCAGUGAGACCAACCCGCAGGAGAGGAACCCACAGCAGAACAUGAACAUCCGUCAGCACGUCCGGCCCGAAGAGGACUUCCCAGGAAGGACACCGGACAGAAACUACUCCGACAUGCUGAACCUCAUGCGGCUGGAGGAGCAGCUGAGCCCCCGGUCGAGAGUGUUUGCCAGCUGUGCCAAGGAGGACGGCUGUCACGAGCGGGACGACGACACCACCUCCGUGAAUUCGGACAGGUCUGAAGAGGUGUUCGACAUGACCAAGGGGAACCUGACGCUGCUGGAGAAAGCCAUCGCUUUAGAAACGGAAAGAGCAAAGGCCAUGAGGGAGAAGAUGGCCAUGGAAGCUGGGAGGAGGGACAGUAUGAGGUCAUACGAGGACCAGUCUCCGAGACAACUUCCUGGGGAGGACAGAAAGCCUAAAUCCAGUGACAGCCAUGUCAAAAAGCCAUACUAUGGUAAAGAUCCCUCAAGAACAGAAAAGAAAGAGAGCAAGUGUCCAACCCCCGGGUGUGAUGGAACCGGCCACGUAACUGGGCUGUACCCACAUCACCGCAGCCUGUCCGGAUGCCCGCACAAAGAUAGGGUCCCUCCAGAAAUCCUUGCCAUGCAUGAAAGUGUCCUCAAGUGCCCCACUCCGGGCUGCACGGGGCGCGGGCAUGUCAACAGCAACAGGAACUCCCACCGAAGCCUCUCCGGAUGCCCGAUCGCUGCAGCAGAGAAACUGGCCAAGGCACAGGAAAAGCACCAGAGCUGUGACGUGUCCAAGUCCAGCCAGGCCUCGGACCGCGUGCUCAGGCCAAUGUGCUUUGUGAAGCAGCUGGAGAUUCCUCAGUAUGGCUACAGAAACAAUGUCCCCACAACGACGCCGCGUUCCAACCUGGCCAAGGAGCUUGAGAAAUAUUCCAAGACCUCGUUUGAAUACAACAGUUACGACAGCCAUACUUAUGGCAAGCGAGCCAUAGCUCCCAAGGUGCAAACCAGGGAUAUAUCCCCCAAAGGAUAUGAUGAUGCGAAGCGGUACUGCAAGGACCCCAGCCCCAGCAGCAGCAGCACCAGCAGCUACGCGCCCAGCAGCAGCAGCAACCUGAGCUGCGGCGGGGGCAGCAGCGCCAGCAGCACCUGCAGCAAGAGCAGCUUCGACUACACGCACGACAUGGAGGCGGCCCACAUGGCGGCCACCGCCAUCCUCAACCUGUCCACGCGCUGCCGCGAGAUGCCGCAGAACCUCAGCACCAAGCCGCAGGACCUGUGCGCCACGCGGAACCCUGACAUGGAGGUGGAUGAGAACGGGACCCUGGACCUCAGCAUGAACAAGCAGAGGCCGCGGGACAGCUGCUGCCCCAUCCUGACCCCCCUGGAGCCCAUGUCCCCCCAGCAGCAGGCAGUGAUGAACAACCGGUGUUUCCAGCUGGGCGAGGGCGACUGCUGGGACUUGCCCGUAGACUACACCAAAAUGAAACCCCGGAGGAUAGACGAGGACGAGUCCAAAGACAUGACUCCAGAAGACUUGGACCCAUUCCAGGAGGCUCUAGAAGAAAGACGGUACCCCGGGGAGGUGACCAUCCCAAGUCCCAAACCCAAGUACCCUCAGUGCAAGGAGAGCAAAAAGGAUUUAAUAACUCUAUCUGGCUGCCCCCUGGCGGACAAAAGCAUUCGAAGUAUGCUGGCCACCAGCUCCCAAGAACUCAAGUGCCCCACACCUGGCUGUGACGGUUCUGGGCAUAUCACUGGCAAUUAUGCUUCUCAUCGGAGCCUUUCAGGUUGCCCGAGAGCAAAGAAAAGCGGUAUCAGGAUAGCACAGAGCAAAGAAGAUAAGGAAGAUCAAGAGCCCAUCAGGUGUCCGGUCCCCGGGUGCGACGGCCAGGGUCACAUCACCGGGAAGUACGCGUCCCAUCGCAGCGCCUCCGGGUGCCCCUUGGCGGCCAAGAGGCAGAAAGACGGGUACUUGAAUGGCUCCCAGUUCUCCUGGAAGUCGGUCAAGACAGAAGGCAUGUCCUGCCCCACACCAGGCUGCGACGGCUCAGGCCACGUUAGCGGCAGCUUCCUCACACACCGCAGCCUUUCAGGAUGCCCGAGAGCCACGUCAGCGAUGAAGAAGGCAAAGCUUUCUGGAGAGCAGAUGCUGACCAUCAAACAGCGGGCCAGCAACGGUAUAGAAAAUGAUGAAGAAAUCAAACAGUUAGAUGAAGAAAUCAAGGAGCUAAAUGAAUCCAAUUCCCAGAUGGAAGCCGAUAUGAUUAAACUCAGAACUCAGAUUACCACGAUGGAGAGCAACCUGAAGACCAUCGAAGAGGAGAACAAAGUGAUUGAGCAGCAGAAUGAGUCUCUCCUCCACGAGCUGGCGAACCUGAGCCAGUCUCUGAUCCACAGUCUGGCUAACAUCCAGCUGCCGCACAUGGAUCCAAUCAAUGAACAAAAUUUUGAUGCUUACGUGACUACUUUGACGGAAAUGUAUACAAAUCAAGAUCGUUAUCAGAGUCCAGAAAAUAAAGCCCUACUGGAAAAUAUAAAGCAGGCUGUGAGAGGAAUUCAGGUCUGAACAGCUGCUGUAGUGAUGAAACUCUUGCUUAAAAAGGAUGCCUCUUGUUUUUUGCUGCUGUAACUUACCAGAAAGUGUUCUAUAUUUAUUUCUGUUUGAAACAGUGUUAUGCUUACAAGACUUCAUAAUGAUUUUAUGUCUUGCUUUAAAGAUAGUACCUGCAGAAUAGUUUUUGAAUACACCCACAUUUUGUACGUUUCCAUGUAAGCUGACAUAGUGUUCUGCCAUGUAAUGUUUAUAGCUGCUGAUGUAUGCACAUUUGGGGGUCUAUCUAUUUCUGAAGAGGUAAGCUGAUCAAAAUAAAUAGAGUGUAAAUUCUUUUUAAUGCUUUAGUGAUUAAAUGUUUUAGUAUUUUGAACUGAAAUGGACACACACACACACACACACACAGCUUUGAAUGACCAUGUUGUGGCCAAGCAGCCGCUUUUUAGACGUUAUCAUUUUGCCUCAUGUUGGAGGACUUUAUGGAAUUUAAGAAAUACAUUUUGUGUGCAUAUUGUUUCAUAGCAAGAAUUGGUUGCAAAAAUG